GCUGCGAUGAAUAAGACACAAGACAUCAAAUCUCUCAAAUUGAAGAUCUCCCACAUUGAGCAGGAGGCGUCUGUGCUCCACAGCAAUGUGCCGAGGGUUGUCUUCAACUUGCGGGUCUCCCUCGGAAGAAACCCCAGCUCGCUGAACACACUGACGUAUGACAGCGUCCUGCUCAACGAGGGCCUAGCUUAUGAUCCCACCUUCGGCAUCUUCACAGCCCCUGUGGCGGGGGUCUACUCCUUCUCCUUCUCGCUGCUGGGCAGCCGGGUCACAGUGGAGUCGCUCGUACAGCUCAUGAGGAACGGGGUGCUCCAGAACUACAUCCAGAGCCGGAUGGGGCGGUGGCAGCAGCAGACCUCCUCGGGCAGCGCCAUCAUGCCGCUGGGAGCAGGGGACACGGUCUGGGUGGAGCUCUCCCGGGGCUUUGCCUGGAACGAGCUGGACUCCCUCGGCUUCCAGGCCGUCCUGCUGUGGAGGACCUGAGGGCCCCCUUCCUCCUGGCCCUGCACAAGCAGGCUCAGGAUGGAC